UCUGUUACGUCACAACAAGUUGUGUUGUCAAAUCCCUCACCGUCACCGACUCUGAUGGUUUCCCCAUCAGCUGGCCAUCUUUCAUUCCUGUAGAUGUUAACUACUUGUUUUGAGACAUGCAGGAUCGGUAUAGCGAGAUAGGCUUUGCCCAACAGAUACUGGGUUUGAAUUUAGUGCCGAGAAAAAAUGGAUCACACCGAGGCAACGACACAUCUCUCAGCGACUUCUCAGAGAUGUGGUACGGCGUGUUUCUGUGGGCAGCGGUCUCCUCCCUCAUCUUCCACCUGCCUGCAGCUCUGCUCGCCCUCGCCACACUGCGACAGCACAAGAUUGCCCGGUUCAUGCCCAUCGCCAUCAUACUAAUGGGCAUCGUAGGACCCAUUUGUGGGGGAGUCCUUACCAGUGCAGCCAUAGCAGGUGUGUACAAAGCAGCGGGGAAGAGGAUGAUCUCUUUGGAGGCUCUGGUUUUUGGUGUCGGACAGUCGUUUUUUCUCCUCGUCAUCUCUUUCCUCAGAGUACUUGCCACCCUUUAGCAGCACUGAGGCCAGCCUGCCUGGCCCGGAUGCUGCCGACUGAGUCUGACAGCUGACACAUCUUCUCCUGAACGGGACCUGAGUUUGUCAUGGUAACAAGACUUGAUUACUGUCAAACCCUGGGACACAUGUGAACCAGUCAGGCCCGAGACAUGAUGUCAAUUCCUACUGAUGGACAAAGACCAUAUAAGACUUUCUACAGAGUGUAAAGUGUUUUUCGUGUUAACAGCACUAAGCCUUCUGACUUGAUGAUGUCCACUGCGGGAUAGCACAAUGCUGCUUUCACAUCACUACACACAGUAUGAGCUGAUGUUUAAAUGUAUCUUCUCAGCUUAUUCCAACAUUAAGAGAAACUCCUUGAAUAAUCAUUUACUUUUUCUGAAGUGAAGGCAGCAGGACGCUGUGCUCCCCUGUUGCCGGGGGUUACAGGUUGGCAGCAGGACGACACUAACCUUUCUCAGGGACUCUUUUUGUGUUCAUGUGCGUGUUUGUCUCAGUCACUGUCCGUAUGACUUCGUGCAAUGAUGCAGAGAGACAGAAAAACAGGAGGACGAUGGUUAUAUGCAAGAUUUUGGCUUUUUCCCUCAGAGGCCUUAAUUUCUAUUUUCUAACUUCCAAAGUGUUUUUGAUCUUCAGGGCUGUCUCUUGCUGCUCCUUUUCUUCUUCCUCAUAUAUUUUUUUAGUCAAAAUGAGUUCAUGUCCAACUGCCUGUGUGUUCUGGUUGAUUCAAACUUAGUUCAGAGCCACUAACACAUGUUCCCUCUAAGCUUUAUUAGGAUACAAGUGAGGAGUGUUUUGCAGAUUCAGUUUGAGUUUUUAGAGAUUGUCGACUUGUUUUGUUUCAGAGGUUUGACGACGGGGCGUCAGUGUGCUCCGAGCACUGAACAACCCCUUAAAUUGAAAUAUAGUUUGUUGUUAAUGAAUAAUAGGUUGUUUUACUGCUGUGUCAUUUUCUGACAUUUGAAUCUAUUCUAAUUUAUUUCCAGGCCUUUUGAGCUUUUUACUCUUUAUGACCAAACAUGGAUUUGUAGUUAAUUUUCCUGCACAAGAUGAGUGCUUAAUGUUUGAACAAAAGGGCACUCUCUUGUUGUUUUAAUAGGCUCAUCCAAUCCCCACAGUCUUCACCGACGGCCUGUACUUUCUUUUGGUAGUUGACAGGUACAAUUGAAAACGCUUCUUAUGGGAUCUAGAUGUAAUACUUAUUAAUGUUUAAAACACGGGCGCUUGGGAAGGAUUCAGUAAUUAUUUAAAACGAGCUGCAGUCAAUAUUAGUAGACAUGUAGGACUGUGGUGUUUCUCAGCAGAGGCAGAGCUCAGUGAUUUUACUUUCAUUGUGAAUUAUUUAUUUUUCAUCUUCGUCUUAAUGAAAGGCUGCUUCUGAUCAUUUUUAAUGUUUUCUAAAGAACCGAGUGAGAUUCACUUUAUGGAAGUUGCCACUCGCCAUACAGUCCCUCUGUGAGAUGGGUAGACAGUUUGGAUCAUUUCAGCAGCCAUCUUUAGGGAUUUUCUUUUUCUACAUUGUUCCUUUUUGACACAUUCUGGGAUUUAAAUUAUCAUCUUGUAAACAAAAAGUUGUUUUUAUAUAGUUUUGGUAGAUUGCUUCAGCCUGUUGCAGUGAGAUGGCUUAUAAUGGAUAUUGUCUUUGUGGCAAUUAAAAACAUCACAGUUUUUCAAUUUUAAGUACUUGUUUUAACGCUGCCUGUUAAGAUAGUUUUUCUUGUUUCAGAGCAAGACUUUUUUUAGUAUAACUUGAAGCAGCUGUAACACCACUCUCUUUAAAGCUGACUCCUUUUACAGAAACAGUGAACUGAACAUUCAGGACACAGUAGUCGCUGGUCUGGUGCUGCCUCGAUCAGAACGUAUUUAUAUUACUCAAGUAUUGUGUUCAAUCAGAGCCGUUUUAUCUAACCGUUGUAAAGUUUGUGUGACUUUUGUGUUAUUAAGGUUUAGCUUUGAGCAAACACAAUAUUUUUGUAACAAAUCCAGGUAGCGGUAGACCAACAACUCCAGUUUUCUGCAGGUGAAAUUCCAGUCCAGUUUGCGACUGCCACUUGAACCAGUCUACUGGAGAAAUGUAAAACAUUCAGAGUCCCUGUUAAGAUGUUUUAACCCAAGAUAAGUUAAGAUAGGGCCAUGUUUCCAAUAUCCCGUCUAAGGCCUAUAUAUUUGUUUUUAGUCUAUAAUUGGGCUUUAAACACUUUUCCUGGUGUUGCACAUGACAUUCCAUUUGAUACUUUUGUUUUUCUCCAUUUUAAAUCUCCAACCCUGUAAUAUUGUCCAAACAUGACCAGGCACCACAGCCACUUAAAUGUCUUCUUGGCCAUCUGAACUGCAGCUUUAUUUUUUCUUUCAUCGGCCAUUAAAAGCAGUCCCCUUGAAGCUGAAACAUUUUGAUAUAUUAACCGUAGUAGGAAUCACAGAACACUUUCUAAAAGCUGAUCUCUUCAUUGUCCCUGCAAAAAUAUUUUUUAACCCUCAAAACCAAAGAUGGCUUAAACUCUUCAUGUGUAUCUUACAAGCUACAUGUCAGUUGUGUAACGUCGAUAUCAAGUGUCUCAAAUUUGCGUGUAAAUAUGCAACAAAUCAAAUCGAAGCUAGAAUGUGGAACUUUGGGCUUAAGGAGAAGACAAUUAAAUUUAUAGAAUGAUGGAAUGAUGAUCAGACACUAAUGGGUUGUCUUUGAUGACUGUGCAUACUUUAUAAAGAGUUCAGCACCCCCUUUUGUACACACACUUCAGUUCAGAGUCUUUAGCUUCUGAGCCUCCGGAUGAAAUCCCUCACUACACUGAACCACGACAUCCAAUUAAAACUAGAGCUCUGUUUGUGAAUCAACCAGUCGUCUUUGUUUCAAAAUCCUUGAAAUGUGGAAAAGACACUACAAAUUACAAAGGAGUUCUCAAAGUGAUUAAUUGAUUAUCAAAAUAAAUCAAACUAAUAGUUGAUAACUUGUUGAUGAAUCACUGCAGCUCUUAUUUCAGUGAAGAUCGGAGUUUCCUUCUGAGGAAAGCUGGGUGUGUGGCAUCACACUGUCCAUGUAUGUUGUGUGAGCUGGAGUUAUGAAGUGGACAUUAAUGAAAGUAUACAUGUUUGUUCUCACUAAGACUCUAUGGAUGCAGUAAAAAAAAAAAAAUCACAGCAUCUCAUUGAAUUGCAGUCUGACACACUUGGAAACGAAUGAGCCUUGUUUGGAUGAAUAGUCGAUGUGAGCCCUCGGCCUUGCUUUUAUGCUGUAAGAGAAUGUUUAUUUUUUUAUGGUGAAAUUAGCUCUGUGUGUGCUCUCUGGUUCUGUUACAGCAGCUCUAAAUGUGAACACCUUGACAUUGAUUUCAGUUUUAAAAUGUCCAGUUUAAAGUGAUUUCAGUCUUCAUCAGCUGGUCUGCCUGUGUGUCUCUAUGGAGAUAUCGGCACGGUUACUCACUUCAAAGUGAUCUGAUUGCCAUUUUCAGAAUUUGUAUUCCUUUGAAUUGAGGGAGCCCCGACCCUGGGAUGGUUUGAGUUACUUGGAGCUAUUAAAAAUAAAGUGAAAUGUCUUGCAAAAUUAAAUUAAAAAAAGCCAGGUUUGACUUCACUUUUAAAUGAAGUUCCAGUUCACACACUACUUACAUUUAGAGGUUGUACCAAAUGAAAUGGGCUUCAAGAAGUUACAUAGAGAACUCAAUUUUAAAUGACAACUCUAUCCUAACUGGAAUAGUACAUCUUGUAAAUGUGACUCUCUUUCAUAAACAGGAUUUUUCAUAAUGAUUCCUGUCUUACAUUUGGACAUUUUAGUGUAUUGUUCUGGUAUCAGAUGGAUUCUCAAUCAUGCCUUGUGAAAAUAGAGAUUUAUGCAGAGAAUAGGAACCCGCCUUCUGAUUUAAUGUUGUGAUUUAUCAUUGCAUUCUCUCUGGAGGACGACCACAUUAACGGCAGGCUGAGUUAUGUCAGAAUGAAAUGCUGAAUCCUGAGGUGAUACAGACGAUCUGCUGUAACAGAACCAUUUAUUUCCACAUGAUUUGGUCCAACAUUCCUGGACUGAUUUGGUUCAUUUUUAUGGUUCAAAAUGUUUAAAAUUUUGAUUUUAACAGAGUAAAUUAAGUGCCAAUGGUUAAUAUUUUCAUGGAAUAAAAAAGUUUGAACUAUAA